AGAGUUUCUAGUUGUCAAACCUAAAAAACAUAAGUGUCAAACCUCCAACUUGAGCAGGGUUAUCCGGCAGCGGCACUCCCUUCCUGUAUGAAUCGUAUAAGUGGAAAUGCUGAUAAAUAAUGAAAUUUCAUAACAAGUGAAAUAUUUAUAACCUAUUAACUGUGUUUACCUAUUGGCAAAAAUUUUCAAUACCGAAUCCAGCAAGAUUCUAAGAGGCCAAAUGUCUGCAACAGAUAGAGUGUCUUUAACCGAUGCCUUAUCCAAUGUGGAUGUGUUGGACGAAUUGCCCCUACCGGACGAACAACCAUGCAUCGAAGCUCAACCGUGUUCUGUUGUUUAUCAGGCCAACUUUGAUACUAACUUUGAAGACCGCAAUGGUUUUGUUACUGGUAUUGCUAAAUAUAUUGAAGAAGCGACUGUGCAUGCCAAUUUGAAUGAGCUGCUAGAUGAGGGUCAGGAACAUGCCGUUAUGUUGUACACUUGGCGAUGUUGUUCGCGAGCAAUUCCACAACCUAAGUCAAACGAACAACCCAAUCGCGUGGAAAUUUAUGAAAAGACUGUCGAAGUACUGGCGCCCGAAGUGAAUAAACUCUUAAAUUUUAUGUAUUUCCAAAGAAAAGCGAUUGAGAGGUUUUCACAGGAAGUAAAGCGACUUUGUCACGCUGAAAAACGAAAAGACUUCGUAUCCGAAGCGUACUUAUUAACUCUGGGCAAAUUCAUAAACAUGUUCGCUGUGCUCGACGAGUUGAAAAACAUGAAGUCGAGUGUCAAAAACGACUAUUCCACGUAUCGUAGGGCUGCACAGUUUUUAAAAGUAAUGUCGGAUUCGCAAACUUUACAGGAAUCGCAGAACCUAUCCAUGUUCUUGGCGACCCAAAAUAAGAUACGCGACACGGUCAAGGAAAAUCUUGAGAAAAUUAAUGGGUAUGAGGAGCUGCUGGCCGACGUUGUAAAUAUAUGCGUGCAUAUGUUUGAGACUAAAAUGUAUCUUACGCCGAGUGAAAAGCACAUGCUGGUUAAAGUAAUGGGUUUUGGAUUAUUUUUAAUGGACAGCGAACUGUGCAAUAUUAACAAAUUGGAUCAAAAGAAAAAGUUACGCCUAGAUCGUAUUGAUCGCAUAUUUAAGAAUUUGGAAGUUGUUCCGUUAUUUGGAGACAUGCAGAUCGCCCCUUUUAAUUACAUCAAACGCAGCAAGCAUUUCGAUCCAAGCAAAUGGCCGUUAUCAAAUUCAAAUGCACCUUCACCUCAGGCAGAUCUAAUGGUACACUUACCGCAGAUUAGAGAUGAUCAUGUUAAGUACAUUAGCGAAUUGGCAAGAUACAGUAAUGAGGUCACGACGACGUAUAAGGAAAGCGGUAGCGAUACAGAAAACAGAGAAACUGCAGAGUUAGCACUUAGGGGUCUGCAGUUGCUUUCUGAGUGGACUAGUGUGGUUACAGAGUUGUAUUCGUGGAAGCUGUUACACCCUACUGAUCAUCAUCAAAACAAAGAGUGUCCACCAGAAGCCGAAGAAUACGAACGCGCCACACGAUAUAAUUACACAGAUGAAGAAAAAUUCGCCCUGAUUGAAGUAAUAGCAAUGAUCAAAGGCUUGCAAGUUCUAAUGGCACGAAUGGAAACUGUAUUCACAGACGCUAUCAGGCGCAACAUUUACGCCGAACUUCAAGAUUUCGUCCAGUUGAAUUUAAGGGAGCCGCUACGAAAGGCGAUUAAGAAUAAAAAGGAUCUGAUUCGAAGUAUAAUAAUGUCUGUGCGAGAAACGUGCGCCGACUGGCAAAGGGGAGUUGAGCCUUUACAGGACCCGGCAUUAAAAGGAAAGAAAGAUCCUGACAAUGGAUUCGGUAUUAAAGUACCCAGAAGAAAUGUCGGUCCAUCCUCAACACAGUUGUAUAUGGUACGUACAAUGCUAGAAUCAUUGAUUGCAGACAAGUCAGGCGGGAAAAGAACGUUGAGAAAAGAUAUUGAUGGUCAAUAUUUGAUGUUAAUCGAUCAGUUUCACAAAACUUCAUUCUAUUGGAGCUUCCUGCUCAAUUUUAGUGAGUCGCUGAAGAAUUGUUGUGAUUUAUCUCAACUGUGGUAUAGAGAGUUUUAUCUGGAGAUGACGAUGGGGCGUCGUAUUAAUAAAUGUACCGUACGCCAUCACCACAACGAAGAGUGCAAUGACUUGGUUACAAUGGAAAAACGUAUACAGUUCCCAAUCGACAUGUCGAUGCCGUGGAUUUUAACUGAUCACAUUUUGAAAACCAAGGAACCUUCAAUGAUGGAGUAUGUGCUUUACCCAUUGGAUUUAUACAAUGAUAGCGCGUUGUACGCCUUGACGAUCUUUCGAAAACAAUUCUUGUACGAUGAAGUCGAGGCUGAAGUAAACUUGUGUUUUGACCAGUUUGUCUAUAAGCUCAGUGAGCAAAUCUUCGCAUAUUAUAAACAACUCGCGGCAAGUAUAUUUUUGGAUAAACGCUUCCGAGUGGAAUGUGCAGCUUUAGGUGCGUAUUUGCUACCGUAUCCAAGAGCCAAUCGUUACGAGACGUUAUUGAAGCAACGCCAUGUGCAACUUUUGGGCAGAUCUAUUGAUUUGAAUAAGCUUAUUACGCAACGAAUUAAUGCUGACAUGCAGAAAUCUCUUGAUUUGGCGAUUAGCAAGUUUGAAGCUGGGGAUAUCACUGGUGUAAUAGAGCUUCAAGGAUUACUUGAGGUAAACCGUUUAUGCCACAAAUUGUUAAGUAAAUGGUUGGCACUAGACGAUUACGAUUCGAUGUUUAGGGAAGCCAACCAUAACGUUUUGGCUCCGUACGGUAGAAUAACCUUGCACGUAUUUUGGGAAUUAAAUUACGAUUUUCUACCGAACUAUGUGUAUAACGCCGCUACGAAUCGCUUUACAAAGUACAAAGGUCAGAUAGCCUUCACUCCGCCGGUGCAUCGUGAUAAACCACCGCAAAUGUCGCAUCAUUAUUUGUGGGGGACCAAGCCGUUAAACAUGGCGUAUACUACUCAAUACACACAAUACUCUGGUUUUGUUGGUCCACACCAUUUCCACGCUAUGUGUAAGCUACUAGGCUAUCAAGGAAUUGCAGUUGUAAUGGAGGAACUGUUGAAAAUUGUUAAGUCCCUAGUGCAAGGGAAUUUGCUGCAAUUUACCAAAACGCUUAUGGUUGCAAUGCCGAAAGUGUGCAAACUGCCAAGAUAUGAUUACGGAUCGCCAGGUGUGUUGAGUUAUUACCACGCCCAACUAAACGAUAUUGUUCAGUACCCUGACGCAAGAACGGAACUGUUCCACAAUUUCCGAGAAUUUGGAAAUACUAUACUGUUCUGCCUGUUGAUGGAGCAGGCUUUAUCGCAGGAAGAGGUUUGUGAUUUACUUCAAGCUGCUCCGUUUCAGAAUAUUUUGCCAAGACCUUUUUGCAAAGAAGGUGAAAAGCCCGAAACCAAACAGAAGAGGCUCGAAUCGAAAUAUGCGGCUUUACAAAUCGUACCGAACAUUGAAAAAUUGGGGACCGCCAAGCAAGCGAUGAUAUCUAGAGAAGGCGAUCUUUUAACGAGGGAACGGUUAUGUUGCGGACUAUCAGUUUUUGAAGUGGUGCUGAAUCGACUGCGUAGCUUUCUGGAUGAUCCAGUUUGGGUUGGACCCCCACCGACUAACGGUGUCAUGAACGUUGACGAAUGCACCGAAUUUCAUCGGCUGUGGUCAGCCUUGCAAUUUGUUUACUGUAUUCCUGUCGGUGAUACUGAAUACACUGUGGAGGAACUCUUUGGAGAAGGUCUUCACUGGGCAGGUUGCACAAUGAUUGUCCUGUUGGGACAACAAAGAAGAUUCGAGGCACUCGACUUCUGUUAUCACAUACUACGUGUGCAACGUGUUGAUAUGAAAGAUGAAAUUGUGAAAGGCAUCAGUUUGAAACGAAUGGUGGACAGAAUUAGACGGUUUCAAGUUUUGAAUUCUCAGAUAUUUGCGAUUUUAAAUAAAUUCUUAAAGUCUGGCGAAAAUGAUGAAAUGUCAGUUGAACAUGUAAGGUGCUUUCCACCGCCAUUGCAUCCUUCGUUAACACCACAGCAGCAUUAUCACGCACCUGAACAUCUUCGUCAAGCAAUGAUGAUUUAACUCAUUUACUGCAAAAUAUUUUCCAUAUUGCAUGAUAUCUGCAUUAUCACAGAUGUAAGCAAUAUUGGCAUGUGUAGCUAUAUAAAGAGCUGCUAUUUGUAUGUAUUAUGGAAAUACUAAAUUUUGCCAAAUUACACUUACAUUUUGAGAAUAAACAAAAGAAUUGGUAUUUUUCCAUCUGUGUAAUUACAUUAGGUUAUAUGCACCUAUUCUUAGUCAUAAGUCACAUUUACAUAUUCCAUCAUAUUUAUACAAGCAUUUUUCAUAUUUUACAUUAUUUUAUUUAAAGUUUAUAAGCAUCACGUGGUAAAGCAAAUAAAUACUUUCUUUUGUUAA